AUGCUAUCCUCACGCUGUACCUCUAGAAACGAAACCAUCAUCCCAAGUCUUCUCAGGCAGCACGAUGCAGUUCUCUCGGGAAGUAGUUCAGCCAUCGAUUUGAGCACGGCAGAAAAUUGGCACGUCAAAGAGAUUUUGUUGGAACUGCUCCAUGAAGCCGAGGGAAAACAAACUGAAGAAGAUCUGUCUUACUCCUCCGGUAUUGGCGGGUGUUCAAAAACCAGGAGCCUUCUCGCAAAGCUAUUCAACAAAUACUUCUACCCCAGAAUCCCGGUAGAAACGUCCCAUGUUGUUCUUGCGGCGGGGGGAAGUUUUGCUUUGACUGCUCUUGUUGAGCAGAUCUGCAACCCAGGAGAUGGGAUUUUGAUCGCAACACCAUACUGGGCAGGACUCGAUAUUUCAAUCAGUAUUCAUGGCCAUACAACGGUUGUCCCAGUUCAUGUGCCUCUUUCAGAAUUUUUCAGCGCAGACAGCGUUCGACACUACGAGUCUGCUGCGGACAACUCUUCUAUCCCCAUCAAAGCCGUCCUUGUCUGCAACCCCCAUAAUCCUUUAGGCCAAUGCUAUCCACGCGAGACAUUGCAGGCUUUGCUGGAAUUUUGUCAGCGUCGCGACUUGCACUAUAUCUCCGAUGAGGUGUAUGCGCUGUCCGCUCACCAGCCCGCACCUGAUGGGUUCAUUCCCUUCUCGUCAAUUCUUCAACUGAGUACGAGCGAGACGAGCGAGAGGGUUCAUGUUGUGUACAGCCUCAGCAAGGAUUUCGGCUGCAGUGGCAUACGACUCGGUGCACUCAUCACACGAAAUGAACCUAUUCGCCUCAGUGCAGCUUUGAGUCUCCACAGCCAAGUCUCAUCCAUGUCUACAUCCUUUGCGUACAAUUCUCUUCUCAGGGAUGACAGUAUCAUGAGAAUCAGCGAUCAUGGAGGAAGACAUUUGAAGAUUUCAUACGAGCGCAUUACAUCGUUCUUCAAAUCACACGGAAUUGAGUAUAUCCCUGGGGCGUUCGGCAUGUUUGUUUUUGCAAGAUUAUUCCCCGUGACAAGCAUUGAAGAGGAGCAGAGUCUCGAGCGCUGCUUUAAGUUAAAUGGGGUAUCGCUAUCCUCUGGAACAAGCUACCACUUCCAAGAACUAGGGUGGUUUCGCCUUUGUUAUGGCGUCAGACUUGAUCAGCUAGGGGAGGCGCUGAUCAGGGUGGAUCGUGGGAUCCGCUGUCAUGUCGAAGCUCAAUCUAUGCAAUAA